AUGGAAUCCAAUGAUUCUGCUGCCAACGACAAGGCAGAUAGCACUCCUACUGAAGCUAGUGCAGAGACAGAAGUGACAGAAACGGCAAUUGGAGAAGCUUCUGAAGUAGACGGCGCCAUAGACAAAACAUCAGAAAAUGCCGAGAAUGCUGGUAAUACGGAAGCGGGUGAAGUCAACGAAGUGACGGAUUGCUGGGACGCCGCGAUUCCUUCUUCAAAAUCGACAGAAAGCGCCGCGACGCAAGAUGAAGGAAUAGAGAAACUCCAACCUGGGGAUCACGUUACACGAUGGGAAAUGCUUCCAAUUGCCUGGCCCAUUCAGGUUCACGGAAUUGUUCUAAAUGUCCAUGAAGACACUGUCGUAUUGGUGGAUUUUGGGCUUUCAGCAGCUCACACGGACAAGAAGAAGCCCCCUUUUGUUGCAGCUUCAGCAUCCAAUGAAUCCAAUGGGGAAGAAGGCGAAACGGAGACACCUGAACCUCCUGCUCCCAAAAAGAAGCAGUUGGAACAAGCCAUCAGAAACUUUAAGAUCGGAGGCCAGAAACGAGAAAAGAACAGACUGAACAUAAAUGUGCUUACGAAUCCCAAAGAUAUUUCCAAAUGGAAGAAAGUCAAUUACGAAAAGAGUUGGUUUGGUGGAUCCAACAAAAAAGACCAGGGCAACGAGAAAUCUUCAUCACCCACCAAGGCUCAACAGACCAAGAACUGGUUCAACCGUAUGGCCACAUCUGUUAAGGAACGAACUGGACCGGGUAUUUCUGGACUCAGAGAACGAAUGAAGAACAACGGGCAUGCUGGGCAAUCUUCUGCAGAAGAGGCGGAAAUCAAAGACGCCAACUCACAGGACAAUGAUUCGACUGUGGCAUCUAUUGCAACGGAGUCCGAAACUAUUGGUGCCGAGUCCGCCGGUACGACCCCGGACUUGGAGCCAGCAGCUUCCCAAGAAUCCAAUUUGUCGGCUGAUUUGAAAGCUAGCAGCUCACUAGUGUCGGAAGGAUCCAAUAAUUCCGACUUCACAAGUCACCAAAUGAACCCAAAAAUGAAGGAAUUGCUACAGAAGAAGCAAGAAGAGAACCCACCCAAAACAAUGAAUCCGGCCAUGGCCAAAGUGUUGAAAAAGAAGGAGGAAGAUUCUGUGUAUGAACAGAAAAAGAAGGAAUCUCUCGCCAAACUUCCAAAAGCUGAUCCUUCCAAGCUAGUGCUGGCGCGAACCUAUUGGUUGUUGGAACAUGGGGAAAGCAUCUUGCCUCCCUAUCAUGCCUUCUCUUCCAAUUCGGAAUGCCUGGCAGUGUUCUGUAAGACUGGCAAAUGGAAUACUUUGCAAGCUGAUGUCUUUUUGCACUCCACAGCGAUUGGAAAUGCUAAGACCAUGGGAGCGACGACUAUUGCGGUGGCUGCAUCAGCUCCUCUGUUAGCCCCGGCUGUUGCAGUUGCUGGUAUUGGCGCAGUCGCAGCACCAUGGCUCUAUCUGAAGAAGCAAAAAAAUAGUGCAGGCGACUCACAACAGAGGUUAAACGAUUCCUUUUGGGCUCAGGCCGAACCAGAGGUCUUUGUUGCGUGUAUUGAAGCAUGGUCGAAGGAUUUGUUGGGAUUGGAGAAUUCAUCUACAGAAGAGUCAAAAGUGGAGGGUGUGGAGGAGGAAUCUGCCAAAGCGAAACAAGCAGCUCCAGUAGUACAACAAAUCUAA